AUGUACCCUAAGACGCCAUCAGUGACCUGCAUGGUCCUCACAUUCCUCACCUUCUCUUCUCUCACCCUCGCAUAUCCUGUAUCUACAUCGAAGGACGUUGUAUCGAGAGCGGUGAGUUCGAGAUCUCCUGACCCGCGAAUGAUCCCUCAAGCCGAUACCCCCGACGACGAGAACAGCGAUCUUAUCGACACCCUUUUCGACUCUAUCGGACUUCAUGACUUGACCAAGCUCAACCACUGGAAGUCAGACAAUGAGCCUGCUAAGUCUGAUCAGCCUGAUGUCAUUGAUGACAGCAACAGCCCUACAAAGACCGUGACCAGCCAAAACAACGAUGUCGAUCAAGAUGAUGACAAGGCGACGGAUAAUGGGAAGGAUACCAAGAAGAACAGUAAGGGUAACACCCUUCCGAACCCUGCCUCGGACGCUUCAGGGUUCGCGAAGGCCUUGAUGCAGAAGAUACAGGACGCUGUCAAGGAUGCUCUGGAUAGCAGCGACGAGCACACGCUUCACUGA